AUGAACUAUGCAGCACAGCGCACCCUCAGCCGACUGCUGAGAAGAACCACGCGCCGAACUACUACAAAUAUCCAAUCGCGACGAUGUACAUCGACAUUCGAGACUAGCGAGUGGUCGACGCCCCUAGCGCGGACUCUAGCCAACGCGAUCAAGACGACCGGACCUGUGCCGAUUGCAGCGUUUAUGCGCCAGGUGCUAACAUCACCAGAAGGAGGAUACUAUACUACCAAACCAGAGAGCGGAGGGGAAGUCUUUGGGAAGAAGGGCGAUUUCGUCACAUCUCCGGAGAUAUCUCAGGUCUUCGGAGAAUUAAUUGGGAUAUGGACGAUUACGGAAUGGAUGGCACAGGGAGGGAAGAAGAGUGGAGUGCAGUUAAUGGAGGUUGGACCGGGGAAGGGAACGCUUAUGGAUGAUAUGCUACGUACAUUUCGGCACUUCAAACCAUUCACCUCAAGUCUAGAGGCAAUCUAUCUCGUGGAAGCUAGUCCGACAUUGAGGGAAGUUCAGAAGAAGCUACUAUGUGGUGAUGCAGCUAUGGAGGAAACAGAAAUCGGCCACAGAAGCACGAGCAAGUACUUCGAUGUGCCUGUUAUCUGGGUUGAAGACAUUAGGUUGUUGCCGCAUGAAGAAGAUAAAACACCAUUCAUAUUUGCCCACGAGUUCUUUGACGCUCUACCGAUCCACGCCUUUGAGUCCAUCCCUCCAGCACCCGAGAACCAGCCUCAAGAGCAGGAAAUCAUGACUCCCACAGGUCCAACCAAGCUCCACAAGCCAUUGAAAUCUGCGAAUCAACCUCAAUGGCGCGAGAUCAUGGUGACCCUCAAUCCGAGAGCGGUCGAAGAGAACCUGAAAGACGAACCAGAAUUCGCCCUAACUCUAGCAAAAGCAUCAACGCCAUCUUCUCUCGUCAUUCCCGAAAUCUCUGAACGAUACAGGACGCUCAAGUCCCAGCCAGGCUCCACUAUCGAAAUUAGUCCCGAAAGUCGCAUUUACUCGUCGGACUUUGCGCGGCGUAUUGGUGGCUCGUCGCAGCCUCCGAGAACAGUGACGAAGGGCAAAGCCCCUGCAGCCCCGGUAGUCGCGAAGCGCAAUCCAUCGGGAGCGGCCCUGAUUAUGGACUACGGGACCAUGUCCACAAUUCCGGUCAACUCUCUCCGUGGUAUUCAGAAUCAUCGUAUCGUCCCGGCACUCUCAUCCCCUGGACUGGUCGAUGUUAGCGCAGAUGUCGACUUUAUGUCACUUGCUGAGGCGGCCAUUGAAGCAAGUGAAGGAGUAGAGGUCCACGGGCCUGUGGAGCAGGGCCACUUCCUACAGGCGAUGGGUAUCGCCGAGCGCAUGCGGCAACUGCUUACCACCGUGCAGGACGAGGAAAAGCGGAAGGUCCUUGAGACCGGUUGGCAGCGACUGGUUGAACGGGGCGGUGGUGGCAUGGGCAAGCUGUACAAGGUCAUGGCUAUCGUCCCAGAGAAUGGCGGCCGACGCCGACCAGUUGGCUUCGGAGGGGAAGUGCAGAUGUAG